AUGUCGGGAACAAUGAGCAAGCGCCAACAGGCGCGCAACGAAAAGGUUCUCCACGAACUCGCCCAAGCUCCCGGCAACAAUGUUUGUGCUGAUUGUUCAGCACGGAAUCCAUCCUGGGCAUCAUGGAGCUUGGGAAUCUUCCUUUGCAUGCGGUGCGCCACUAUCCACCGCAAGCUGGGCACCCACAUCUCCAAGGUCAAGUCUUUGAGCAUGGAUAGUUGGUCCAACGAGCAAGUCGAGAAUAUGAAAAAGGUCGGCAAUAUUGCCUCCAACAAGACCUACAAUCCCGACAACAAAAAGCCACCUAUACCGGUCGACGCCGACGAGGUAGAUCCCGCGAUGGAGAGAUUCAUUCGUCAAAAAUACAUGCAGCGAUCCCUGGCGGGCGCCAAGAAGCACAACACCGGCAGCACCUCUUCCGACGAAACGCCCCCUCCGCUUCCCCCGAAAACCGGCAGUCGAUUUGGCUUGAGGUCGGCAUCCUCCAUAUUCCCACUUGGCUCAAAGAAGAAACACGACACGGGCAGGUCGGCCUCUCCUGGGCCACGGAGUCCGGCAUCCCCCCGGACCAAUGGAGGCUUUGGGGCAACGGUUCGAUUCGAGAGCAACGACGCCGAUGAAACCGGAAUCAAGUUACAGAAGCUGCGGGAUAUGGGCUUUACGGACGCACAAAGGAAUGCCAUGGUUCUUAAAGGGGUUGGCGGGUCUUUGGAAAAGGCUAUCGAGGCGUUGGUUAGGCUGGGAGAGGGAAGGGAGGCUCAAACACCGCUCAACCUGAACAAGAAGCAAACCCCCACGGCCUCUAGCCAGAGUUUGGCACCAUCGACAUCUAGCCAGGACGCAGCUCGUGGACGACCGAUCAGCCCAGCCAGCAUGAACCCGUUCGACAUGCUCGACCAUGCGCCACUGCCCCCUCAGCCGUUGUCCUCUCAAUCGACAGGCACACUGCAAAAUAGGAACCCUUAUAACAUGACCACGACGAAUCCUUUUGGCGUACCACAGCAAACGGCCCCUCAGCAGCAGCAACCGCAACAGCAACAGGCCAUGUCCGCGUUCGAUCAAGCUUUCCAGAAUCUCUCGCUUGCUCCUCCUUCUCAACCGCUCUUCCCCCACCACACAGGGGGAAUGCUUGCUCCUCAGCAGCAGAAUGCUCCGGCAGGAUACCAGCAACCCCAGAUGACAGGACCGGCUCAGCAGAACUAUCCCUCGAUUGCUCUCGCCAGCAGCCAGACUUUCCCCUUAACGUCGCAAGCUACUGGUUAUAACCCAUUCUUCAACAACCAACAACAGCAGCAGCAGUCUCAGACCCAAUUCCAGCAACAGCAGCAGCAGCAGCCCCAGAAUCAAUUCCAGCCCCAGCAACCAAUGACCAUCAACACGACAGGCUACGCCGGUAGCUAUGCAAACAACCCUUUUGCCAAGUCGCCGACAAGGUUGCAGUCACCUACCCUCACCCAAAUACCCGAACAGUCGCAGCAAAACUUCUACGCUGGCGGACAAGCUCAGGCCCCCGCGCCUCUGAGCAUGCAACAGACUGGAAAUAAUCCCUUCUUCAACCAAGCAACAGGUGGAAUGCCCCAGCAGCAGCAACAACAGGUUCCUCAGCAACAAUACGGUCUUGCACAACAAAUGACGGGACAGGUACCGCAGUACCAGGCUCAGGGACAGAUGCAGAUGCAAAACCCCCAGGUCGCCCAGAUGCCCCAGAUGCCCCAGAAGCAAGGCAGAUAUAACCCACAACAACAAUAUCAACCACAGCAGCAGCAACAACAACAGCAAUAUCAACCGCAACAGCAAUAUCAGCAACAAUAUCAACCUCAACGACCCGACAAUGCGUCCAUCUUGGCUCUGUAUAACUACCCACAGCUUGCUCCCCAACCACCCCAGGCGCAACAGCAAAACCCGCCUCAGGCCCACGGCCAGCAAGCACCCGCACAAGCUGGACAGGCGAACGGAAACUAUGCUCCACAAGGACAGCCCCAACAGCAGCAGUUUCAACAGCAACAGCAACAGCAACAGCAACAGCAACAGCAACAGCAACAGCAACAGCAACAGCAACAGCAACAGCAACAGCAACAGCCACCAAACCAAGGGGCAGGAAGCCAGAUGGCGGGAAGCAAGAACCCGUUCAUAAGCGCAGGAGGGCCGGCUCAGGGACAGCAGCAGAACGGGGCGGCACCCAAGGCAUACAACGCAAGUAGGGAAAGUGUAAUGGCCUUGGGGAUGGAUUGGUCAAACGGGAGGCACAGUCCAGAUGCUUUUGCCAGCUUGAGUGCGAGAAGCGGACAUUGA